AUGUAUGCUGUGUUCGAAUUGAACUUUAACAAAAAUAGUCGGACGAUUCGUUUAUUAUACGCGACUGUCUUUGAUGAUAAACGAUUUCUUUCAAACAGUAUUCGCAAUUUGAUCAAAGAAAAACAAAUCGAUAUUUGCUUUGAACAAAAUCGAAAAAUUUCAAAUUUAACAAGUUCAGUGGCAGCGAAUUCGGCAGCAACAGCAACUACAACAUCAACACCACCACCGCAUGCGAAUUCUCAAGUAGUGUCUCAAGAUCAGUGUGCGUCAUCUUCUACAAACGUCAUCAUUGGUGAUUCGGCAGUUGACAGAGACGAGUCGAGCGACACGAAUGUCAACUCGCAAACGUAA